ACUUUAUGGGCUUCAAAUUCGGGGCCAGAGCUUCUGUGAAAAAGAAGAGGGAAAAGAGAAGCGAGUGACUGAGUGUGACUGAAGGAGAACCAGAGCUGGUCUCUGAAAUCCAACUCAGACUCAGAACAAAGUGUUUUUGAUUCCCUUUCUUCUUCAGAUUUUGUUUCGCAUAUCUUCAUUCUCAAUUCCAAAUUCACUCCGCCUCCAUUCGCAUCAUAAAGCCUAAGCUUUGACUCUCAAACCUCGUACAUAUAUACGAUGAACGCCCCUAUAAUCGAUCCUUUGCAAGGGGAUUUCCCUGAAGUUAUAGAAGAGUAUUUGGAACAUGGGGUCAUGAAGUGCAUUGCUUUUAAUCGUCGCGGCACCCUUCUUGCUGCUGGAUGCUCUGAUGGGAGUUGCAUUAUAUGGGAUUUUGAGACAAGAGGCAUUGCCAAGGAGCUAAAGGAUAAAGAUUGCAGUGCUGCCAUUACAAGUGUAUGUUGGUCAAAAUACGGUCAUCGUAUUCUUGUAUCUGCUGCUGAUAAGUCGUUGACACUAUGGGAUGUUGUUAGUGGCGAGAAGAUAACACGUACAACUCUGCAGCAGACCCCUCUACAAGCUCGUCUGCAUCCUGGUUCUUCUACUCCAUCCCUUUGUUUGGCGUGUCCCCUUUCUUCUGCUCCAAUGAUUGUUGAUUUGAAUACAGGAAACACAACUGUGCUUCCAGUUUCUGUUUCUGACAAUGGCAAUGGAGCUGCUCCUCCACCAAAGAAUAAAUUUUCUGAUGGAACACCCCCGUUCACUCCCACUGCUGCUUGUUUUAACAAGUAUGGGGAUGUGGUUUACGUGGGGAAUUCCAAAGGUGAAAUACUUGUGGUAGAUUACAAAAGUGCCCAAGUGCGUGCUAUGGUUCCUACUUCUGGGGGUGCUGUCAUUAAGAACAUAAUUUUCAGCAGAAAUGGACAGUAUCUGCUUACAAAUUCAAAUGAUAGAACAAUUAGAAUCUAUGAAAACCUUCUUCCAUUAAAAGAUGGACUUAAAGCCCUUGAUGGCCUAAGUGAGACCAUAGAGGAGGAAGAUCUGGUUGAGAAAUUGAAGAGGGUUGGUUCAAAUUGCUUAACACUUUUCCGGGAGUUUCAAGAUUCCAUCACAAAGAUGCACUGGAAAGCGCCUUGUUUCAGUGGUGAUGGUGAGUGGGUGAUUGGUGGCUCUGCAAGCAAAGGAGAGCACAAGAUUUACAUAUGGGAUAGAGCCGGGCAUCUUGUUAAAAUCCUUGAAGGGCCAAAGGAGGCCUUGAUUGAUUUAGCAUGGCAUCCUGUUCACCCUAUUAUUGUCUCUGUUUCCUUGACGGGCCUGGUUUAUAUAUGGGCCAAAGACUAUACCGAGAACUGGAGUGCAUUUGCUCCUGAUUUUAAAGAGCUUGAGGAAAAUGAGGAAUAUGUUGAACGAGAAGACGAAUUUGAUCUGAUUCCUGAAACUGAGAAGGUGAAAGAGUCUGAUGCCAAUGAAGAUGAUGACGUUGAUAUUGUCACAGUGGAGAAAGAUUCAGCUUUCAGUGAUUCAGAUAUGUCACUAGAGGAAUUGUGCUUUUUGCCUGCAAUUCCUUCUCCUGAUGUUCCUGAGCAGCCAGAGAAGUGCUUAGAGAGCUUGUCUAAGUUAGUGGACAGUAAUAAUUCUGGAUCCCCUCUUUCAGAAGAUGGUGAGCCAAAUGGAGGAGCAAUGAAUCAUGCAUCAAGUCCACUUGAAGAGGAUGCUGGGGAAACACGCUUAAAAAGAAAAAGGAAACCUUCAGAGAAGGGAUUGGAGCUGCAGGCAGAGAAGGUUAGGAAACCUUUGAAAUCUUCCGGUAGAUCGUCAAAACCUAAAAAUAAAUCUGUAGUUGAUGAGGAUACUAGUAAUGGAUUUAAUGGAGAUGAUGUUUCUGAUGAGUAUCAUUAGAUUCUAAUUCUUACAUGAUUUUCUUUUGUGGUCCAAAAAUUUCCAUCCCUUUUGGGUGAUUUAACUUACUAGUCUCUUGCACUUUUAUUUAAUUUUGCACGGUCAGCUUGGCGAAUAUUGUACUCUCAUGGGAUUCAUGCAUGGUCAGAAUUCAAAUUGAGAAAAUUAUAGAUUAUAGAUUAAAAUUUGUUUAGGAUGUCUUAUCAAAUGUAGUCAAUAUUUGUUCUUACAUCUUCAAAGAUUCUAUUUUAUCACCCAACCAGGUCCGUUUUCCUUGUAUAGAUCUGCAAAUUGCUCAAGUCUUUCAAACAAUGAUUUCUCUAUCAUUCAACUUUCACUAGAAAUGGAACUUCCUAGAGACUUGUUCAUCCACUUCAUUGCUUGCAAAUUUUGAAUUUUUUCCAUCCAAGGAUUCCUGCUAAAUUGGGAAAGCCAUCGUUCUAGGGAUUACAGUUUUGUCUAGAGAAAUGUUUACCUGUGGAUACCUUAACUAUGACUAAUUGAAUUUGAGGAUUGGGUAGAAUACGUUAGAAGUCGGGUUUCGGUUAGGUUAUGAGUACAUUUGGACCCAACCCUACUACUCUAUUAUAAUCAUACAUAUUUUUAGUUAUUUCAUAAGUACAUUUUCUUUCAAACAUUUAAAUUUAUUUCAAAAACUACAUUAUAAAAAAAUUACUUUUAUUUCUAAAUUUAAUUAGUAUCUUAGUAUAUACAAUAUGACUAUUAUUAAAUUAUAAAUAAAAUAAACUUUAUAAUUAGUGAAAACAUGUAACUAUAUAUAUAUACUAAUACCUUAGGUAUUAGAAUGAUUAGAUGGAAAGGUUCUAGUAAGAUUAUUUAUGUCUUCCUUUAUAGUUAUAUUUCUCGAUUGUUAUUAAGUGAGGCUGUCUAAUAAAUUUUGGUUAGGGUCACUCAUGGACAUGUGACCCGUCUCAAUUUUUUUUUGUGAAAAAAUAUACUACUACAUUAGUAUUUAAAUUUUAUAAUACAAAUAUAUUCUUAUACUGUUAUACUUUAUGUUGCAUGGAGUUAACACAUAAUCUAAACUUAUAAAAUUAAUUAAACACACACUACUAACAUAAUUAAACUUUUUAUCAAUAUAAAUUAUAAGUACACUUAAUCCUGUACCUGGUGUAGUAAUUUUUGUAAGAUACCAACUAGAAAUAAUAGGGCAGUAUCGUGGAAUAGGCAUACACAAACUCUAUCUUUUGCCAUCCCUACUACAUCUUCCAAGGAUCCAACCAUGAAAGGAACAAGUUGCAUAAUUUUCACACAAGGAUGCAAUGGCCUUCCAAGGGCACCAAUGUGCCAAUUCUCACCCCUAAUCCCAUCAAUUCUCAUUAAGAUCAAUUUUGUUUUUGAUCACCCACCCCAAACUAUAGUGUACCACCUUCUUUUGGAAAAAGCCUUAACCACUUCAUUAGAAGAGAGUUGUUCCUCUAUUUUAGAAUGACAUUUCUAAAACCCCUUGACAUUUAGUGCGACCGAAGGAACCAUGUGACUCCAUUUUUAACUUGCUUAUUUGCCCUUGUACAUCAAUGUAGUCUAGAGGAGAAUGGCAACAAAAUCAUCAUUUAGGGUCAAAUUAGUCAUUUUCGUAUCAUCUGCUCCUAGAAGUGGUGUAGUCCAAUUAUUUUUAAUAAGAAACUGAGAGUAUAAUAGGUAGAGGAAAUCCAAUAGAUUUACAAUGUCAAUAGAUGAUAAAAUAUAACUAUGUUAGACACUAGGAUUAGUAGGAUGUGGAAGGAUGUAGCAAAUAAAAACGGGUAUGACUCAUUGUAUUGAGGAGAGUUUGAGUAGUAAGUAGGAUGGCAUAAAUAAGUUAGCAAGGGAACAGAGUGGGUAUGCAAGAAUUAAGAUCAAUGUCUUUGCAUCACUGUCGUCCCAAGGGGCCAUUAGUGUAAUAGUUUUUCCCUUGCUUCAGUAUACAAUUUCUACUCAGUUUACUUCAUUGUUCUAUUAUUUGUUUGGAAUCAUACUUUGCUUAAAUACUUAAAUAGUUAACGAUCAAUUAGAAACAAGAAUGCAAAAUCCUUAGUUCUAAAGAUCUAAACCACCCAAAAUGUAAUACAAUCCCAAAGUUGAAAGUUGAUACCCAAUUCAAAAUCUUGAAAGAUUUUCUUAUUUAUUUAUUUCUUCUUCUUUUUUGAAAAAGUAACAAAGGUCACACAUGUCCAUGAGUGACCUCCUCCAAAGUUUAUUAAGAACCCUCCCCUGUGACAGGGAAAAACAUGAAAUUUGGGGAAACAGAAAAAUAAAGAAACACAUACUCUAAUUUUACAAACUAAAACACAAUUAAUACAAAAAGUUUCCCCAAUCAACAUAGGCCUCCUAUUUCUUUCUAACCAAAGCUCACGACAAGUCGCUUGUGAAGCAACAUUCCAAGGUUUUUGUUGGACUUCAGCUGUAACCCUCCACAAUGCACUAAAAUAUCUUCACAAUGGUCGGUUCGAACCUAGAAAACACCAAAAGCCCCCAACAACAAGGAAGGACCAAAUUAAAUUUGAGAAAGAGUAGUGUAUGAAAAGAUGGUCUUGGGAGGCUAGGGCUUGUUGCUUUUUUUGCAUAGAAUGUACCGAUAUGGGGUUAACGCCAAGGGAAGGUGUCUUCUUCUUUGAGAUUGUCAUUAGUAUUUAAAUUCCCCAUAGAAAAAAGUAUGUUAAAAGCUUAAACCUUAGAUGGGACCACAAUUUUCCUCAUAAAAGGAAACUAAGAGGAUUGGGUGCUUGUUAGGUACCAUAAUCUUCUACUUGCUAUGUCUUGCAAUUGUCAGAAUCUUGAUUGAAGGGUCAUAACUUGAAAACCUUGAUUAACUUUGACACCUUUUCAAAUUCUUCAUCAUCGAAAUUUCCAAAGAAAUGAAGGUUUCGAGAAAAGCUCCAUCUCUUAAGAAGAACUCAACUAACUACUUAAGGUAGCAAUGCCAAUGUCAAUGCUAGUGUUACAGGUGUUGUCGAUAAGCUUGAAAAGGAGGGGAACCUAUCUACAGGAAUAGCAAUUCCAUUUCCAACUCACAUGUGUUCUCCUAAUGCAUUCUCCAUUUUUCCGUGAUCUCGUCGGGUCAAAUAUUGAUCUAUUGGAAAAUAACUAUUUAGAGAAAGUGUUCUUUAAAAGCCUUGACAUAAGUGAAUAGGUGCAAGACUUUAAAAGUUAAAGCAAACCACUUGUAUAUUAUUUCAUGUCCUUAUUAAAAGACAAACAUAUGUACAUAUAUGUUACAACAUUAGGAACACCUGAUACUUGAUUUUGAAAGCUAGGAUAAAUUAAACUUACAACAUAAAUGGAGACAAUUACAUUGACAACUUAAGAAGACUAGUUUUCGCGUUUUGGAGAGGACCCGUAGCUGUAGGUAACAUAAGCCCCAAGUGCUACAAUUACCAGAACUGCAGCACCAAUAUUUAUUAAUAAUUGCCUAUCGUCAUCAUUUAGCCUCUUUACUACAUUUGUAACAGUCUGUUUUGCAGUUUCUGCCAUAUACUUCACUCCCAUCUUAUUUUCAUUUGUAGAACUGCUAUUUUCCUCCUUGGACUUUUCUUCUUUUGCAGUGCUUGAAACCAAUUUCUGGAAAGUUUCCUUUCCAUCAUUUAAAAUCUUGGACACAUUCACUGCUCCAGCUAAGGGUCCUGAUGAUUCUUUAGCUUUCUUGGUACUUUCAGUUUCCUUCUCCGAACCCCUGUCUGCAGUUUUCUCAGAUUUUACUAUUUUCCCAAGAUUCUCAUUUGCGGUCUUCUGCUUUUCCUCUCUUUCCUUUGGAGAACUUACUUCCUGUUCUUUUCGAGAUUUUGCCACACUAGUAUGUUUUUGAGAAUCAAUCAAAGCUACCUCCCGUAUUUCACUAUCAACCACUCUUUGUUUAGGAAUAAUUUCCUCUGGAAUAUCCUUUUGCUUCUUUGGCUCAAGGGGCUCUUUCUGAGGGCUCAAAAUACCACCCAUCGUUUUCUCAAUUCUCUGUUUUUCAUCUUUAUCUGCAAUUGAAGCAACUGUUUUAGGAACUCCUUCCUGACCCUUUUCUGCUUUCUUCUCUGCAGCAGAAGUUUUCUGAGAUAUUUUCUCAGCAUUAAUGUCGUUGGUAGCUGUUGGAAGUUUCUUCUUCUGAUCCGUUUGUGCUCUUGCCUCAGCUGCAACUGCAGCUUUUCGAGUAGGGGCAGAAGUAGAAGGAGUUUCUUUAGUUUCAGUUGCUUUGGAAGGAGUCAUGUCAUUAAUAUUUGCUUGAGUUUUUUUCUCUGCAGGAGGCUUUUCUUCUGUAGGAGACACGUUCGUUGUUGUUUGGGGAACCUCCUUUGGCAUGGUAAUGGUAAGAAUUCCAUUGUGAAAUUUGGCAUGGAUUUUGCCCUCCUUGCAGUUUUCUGGGAGUGGAAGAAGCUGGCUGAAACGACUCCGUCUGUUGUUCAGAAGAGGUCGCUGUCCUUGGACUCGUAAUUUACCAUCCUCGUAUGUGAUCUUCAGUUGCUCCUUCACAAAACCUGAAGAGAAGUUUGAGGCAAUUCCAAAUAAUAUUGUAAGUCAAUUAAGGAAAAUGCUAAAAUUAAGGAUAAUGCUAAUUAAUUAUCUGGAUUUUGUUUUUGUAGGAUUUAUAUCUUGUCUGACAUGGUAUUAUGUUAAAUAAGUAAAAUAUUAGAAAUGAAUUUAUUAUACAAACAUGGUACCAUUAUUGUUAAUUUUAAUGAUGUAACAGUUGUUUGUAAGUCAACUUCAUUGUAUUUGGUCAUCAAAUAGCAUAUGGUUUGAUAUCUUAGUUUCCUAGAUUUAGAGGAGUCGUACCAAAUUAUUGAUUCUUAAUUGUGCUAUAAAUGACAAAAUGAACAUUUAUUUUGUAAA